AUGUCCCGAGGGGAUUACAUGCGAACGCCUGUUUCUAUCAAGGUUGUGUGGACCGUGAUAGAGCAUAGCCGUGACACGGAUUCCGUAUGCGGCGGUGUCACUAGGGCGAGGGAACAUAUUUUGGUCGCGCCUACCGCCGAGGGCUGUUUCUGA